AUGCAUCCGGUGGCGGAAGCGAACGAGAACAGCCCAUUUGGGUCUCUGACUCCGGACGAAUUCUACGCUCACCAUUUCGUCACUCAUGGCUCCGACUACAUCACCAAUCCUCGCGGCCUCAAGCUGUUCACCCAAUGGUGGAUUCCCCAAACCAACCCCAUCGCCGGAGUAGUGUGCGUCAUCCACGGCUUCACCGGAGAGUCCAGCUGGUUCGUGCAGCUCACCUCCGUACACAUCGCCAAACAAGGGUUCGCCGUCUGCGCUAUCGAUCAUCAGGGUCACGGCUACUCCGACGGGCUUCAGGCUCACAUCCCGGACAUUAACCCCGUCGUGGAAGACUGCAUCAGCUUCUUCGAUUCGUUCCGUGAACGCCACGCGCCGCCGGACCUGCCGUCGUUCAUCUACUCCGAGUCCCUCGGCGGGGCGAUUGCGCUUCUGAUCACUCUCCGGAAGGACUUGAAACGGCCCUUUAACGGCGUCGUUUUGAACGGAGCCAUGUGUGGUGUCAGUGACAAGUUUAAGCCUCCGUGGCCGUUGGAGCAUUUUCUUUCGAUUGCGGCGGCGUUGAUUCCGACGUGGCCCAUCGUCCCCACCCGUGGAAGAAUCGUUGACGUUUCCUUUAAGGUUGAGUGGAAGAGGAAACUGGCAUUGGCAAGCCCCAAAAGACCCCAGAUAAGGCCACGCGCCGCCACGGCUCAGGAACUGCUGAGGGUGUGCCGGGAACUGCAGGGGAGGUUCGGUGAGAUCACGGUUCCGUUUCUGAUCGUCCACGGCGGCGAGGAUGUGGUGUGUGACCCGGCUUGCGCGGAGGAUCUGCACAAACGCGCCGCCAGUGAAGACAAGACUAUGAAAUUGUACUCCGGCCUGUGGCACCAGAUGGUUGGAGAGUCCGACGACGACGUGGAGCGCGUGUUUGGGGAUGUUGUGGAGUGGCUUAAGACUAGAGCGGAACGCGCCGCCGCUGCGUCCUGA